AUGUAUCGAGCCAUCCUGCACAAAGAGGUGCAGAACAACGCUGUCACAGACAUAAAUAAAACUGAGGGUGCAGUGUGUUCAAAAAAGGGGGAAAAAUCAAAGUACAGAGAUCCAUUUGUGUUUGACUGCAGCGCUGCUGAGAAGAAGCCUAAGAAUACAAAGGAUGAGAAGAACAGUGACGGUGGUUCCUCAGAAGAAACAGGAAGUGAUAAAGUCCUCGCCUUUGCUGUAUCUCCAUCUGGAAAGCUCCUGGCACUGACUGAUGACAACAAGAGACUAGUUCUGUUUAGCUGUGAGCCUUCUUGGCACUGCAUCAGCAUCAGGUGGGUGGUGAGGAGGUGCACGUCCCUGGUGUUCACCCAGGCUGAGGAUGAGCUGCUGGUGGCGGACAAAUCAGGAGAUGUGUAUGUGUUCUCGGUGGUUGAGCCAGAGAAAGAAGGCGAGCUGAAGAUGGGCCACCUAUCCAUGCUGCUAGCUCUAACAGUGGCGCUGGAUGACAAGUACAUUAUCACAGCUGACCGUGAUGAGAAGAUCAGAGUGAGCCAUCUCAGGUCUCCAUACAACAUCCAGUCCUUCUGCCUGGGACAUCGUCAGUUUGUCAGCGCCCUGCAGAUCCUGUCAGCACAUCCACACUGGCUUCUGUCUGGAUCAGGGGAUGGGACUUUGAAGCUGUGGGACUAUGAAUCUGGUUCUGAGCUGCAGAGUUUGGACCUCAGACAGCUUGACGAGACCACGAGCUCCGAGGCUGACAAAGACAAGGAUACAACAGUGUGCCGAAUUACCAGCUCGAGUGAUGGUCAGUAUGUAGCUGUGCAGUGUGACAGGUGAGUCCCCGUGUGCGACUCUGUUGUU